AGGAUUUACUUUUUCUGUCUUCACAUUGUUUUCUUAUUAUUUUGAAGUCACACGUAAACACUUGGCAAACGUCUAUAUUUUGCUAUAAAAGCUCGGAUUUUAGAUUCGCUCAGUAUCUAGAAAGCGUCAGUUCGGACCGUCAUCUAAGCAAUUUUACCGAAAGUAUUGUUCCAUCCUCAAUGGAAAACAACAGAGAGCGGCUUCUUUCGGACGAAGAGUUGAUGAAAUUCUCCACACCGUUUUUAAAUCGGCUCAUUAAACUUUACGAGUACAAUGAAGAAGAAAUACUUUUAAUGAAGCAGCGAAGAAAGACCUUAAAAAAUCACGGUUACGCCGUAACCUCCAGGGAACAAAUACACCAAAGAAUAGAAUAUUUAGAAAAAGAAACUGAAAAGGUGAAAAGUGAAAUAUCACAGUUACAACAACAGAAGAUUGAAUUAACACGCAAUAUACGGGACGUUCAUGAAAGUAUUUUGUCAUUAAAAUCAUUUGCGGAAAUUAAGAAUAUAAGGUUACCUGACGAUUGCGAUACAUUCAUUUAUGAGGUUUUGAGAGAUUUUUCGCAAGCAAAAGAAUUUUCGUCCUACAAAUGAAUCAUUAAUGAUUAUACUGCAUCUCCUGGAAUUAUUUUAGAAGAGACGAGUGAUAGAAUAAUUGUAUUUAAGC